GCGGGGCCGGGCCGCGGGGCGGCUCCGCCAUGGCCGCGGGCCGCUCCCCGCCCACCUUCCUGCUGCUGGGGGCGGCGGGCGGUGGCAAGAGCCUCCUGGUGCGGCGGCUGCGCCAGCUGAGCGCCGAGGAGCCCGCGGAGCUGGGCGAGCCCCCGGCCACGCUGCCCACGGUGGGCACCAACCUGACGGACCUGCGGCUGCCGCGGAGGGUGACCGUGCGGGAGCUGGGCGGCUGCAUGGGCCCCAUCUGGCCCAGCUACUACAGCGACUGCAGCGCUCUCCUGUUCGUGGUGGACGCCUCCAACCCCACCCAGGUCUCCUCGUCCUGCAUCCAGCUGCUCUCGGUCCUCUCCGCCGCGCCGCUCGCCUCCGUGCCCGUCCUGGUGCUCUUCAACAAGAUUGACCUGCCCUGCUACAUGUCGCUGGUGGAGAUGAAGUCGCUGUUCCGCAUGCAGGACAUGGUGUCCUGUGCCACGCAGCCCAUCACCAUGCUGGAGAUCAGCGCCCGCGAUGGCACCGGGCUGGCCGAGGUGCUGCUGUGGCUCCGAAGCGCCCUCCGAGAGCCCUGCUGACCCCAGCCGGCAGCCCGGGACACUCCUGCCACGCAGGGAGCUAGCCAAGGAGCAGCUGCCCUGCCUGGGGCUGGGAGCAGAGCCCAGGACAGCGCCUUGGGCUGUUGAUGGACUGGAUCCCUGUGGGACUUCACAGUAAAACUCCCACCACACUGUC